CGUCCAAAACUCUAACACCUUUGUUAAAUAAAUGACAACUGACAACACUGUUCGAAGCGAAUCGAAAAAGGUCGAAAACAUUUUCUACACAGGAGCAUUUAGAUGGUAAUGUUGCCAUCCCUUAAAACUAAAAAAAAAAAUUGCGUGUGGAGUACUCGCGUUUUGCUUUUGUCGUAGAACAACAAAAUAAAAGUUUUGGUUUAGUUAAAAAACGGUUUUAGAGCCAAUUACACUAAAACGAAUUUACGCAAUGCGGUAUACAAUAGUUAUUAUUUGACAAUAGACUGUUAUCGAGAAAACGAACUGAGCCAAACAAUAAGAAAAAUCCGAGUGUGUGUUGAAAAAAGGCAAACAAAAAAUGUACAACAAGAACCAGAAUGGCUAUCCAAAUAGGUCGAGUGGAAGUCGCAUGUGGCACGGGAUGUCCAGUUCACUGCCUUGCGGAAUGUCGCAAUAUGCGUACCAGGACACAGAUUUCUCAUCGGCCUAUCCAUCGCGACGAAUGUUCGAUAUGCCACCGUCGAGUAGUACAUUAGGAGCAGUUGGUCAUAUGUCUUCAUCCAGCACAAGUUCACUAACUGGCUGUAAUAACAGCGGAACCAAUUUAAUUGUUAACUAUUUACCGCAAGAUAUGACAGAUAGAGAAUUUUAUGCAUUAUUUUCAACAACGGGACCGAUUGAAUCCAGUCGUAUUAUGAGAGACUUCAAAACAUGUUACUCGUUUGGCUACGGAUUUGUAAACUAUUUAACCGAAGAAGGGGCACAGCGAGCUAUUAAAAGUCUUAAUGGAGUUACCGUUCGUAACAAACGGCUAAAGGUUUCAUAUGCUCGACCUGCCGGUGAAGAAUUAAAAGAAACUAAUUUGUACGUUACGAAUCUUCCGCGCACGAUAACCGAAGAGCAACUGGAUGAAAUAUUCGGCAAAUACGGUUUAAUUGUGCAAAAGAAUAUUUUACGUGAUAAAAUGACUGGAAAACCGCGCGGUGUUGCAUUUAUACGAUACAACAAGCGAGAAGAAGCACAAGAGGCGAUCGCCGCACUCAAUAACGUUAUACCCGAAGGAAGUAAUCAGCCAUUGACAGUGCGCGUGGCCGAAGAGCAUGGCAAGCAGAAAGCGACGCAAUUUUACAAUUCAACGAUGAACAUGAACAUGAAUAUGAUGAAUUCGAUGCACUAUCCGCCGCCGAGCAGUGUAAUGCAUAGAGGUAGAGCACGAUUCCGAUUUCAAAACAUAAGUCCGUAUUGAGAUGGAAAAGUAUUUUUGCUUUGCUUCUUCCUUCGUCUCAACUUUCAUUUCGAUCUUCUUCUCUUUUUUUUUGCCGAUUUGUUCUCUUUUAUUUUCGCCGAUCACUUUUUUUUUCUUCCUUUCUUUGGUUGAAUUUGCACAUUUUGUCCUUGCUGAUUUCCUGGUAAUUUCGAAGUUUUUAAUUUAAUUUUUUUAGCUUUAGAAUUUAGUUUGAUUUUAUCAAAACAGAAAAUUAAUUUUAUGGAAUGAUGAACUGAUGGUUAAUUUUGUUGAUUAAAAAAGAAAUUAAAUUUAAA